AUGGCGAUGGCUGCUGUUUCCCGGGCCUCCGGGCUGCUGGUUCGGGCCCGGCCACAGCUGGGGCGGUCUAUGGCGAGCGGCGCUCACGGCCGGGAGGGCUCAGGUCGCCUGUGGAGGGCCCUCACCUUCUUCGUGGCGCUCCCCGGGGUGGCAGUAAGCAUGCUGAACGUCUUCUUGAAGUCGCGCCACGACGAGCACGAGAGACCCGAGUUCAUCCCCUACCCACAUCUCCGCAUCAGGUCCAAGCCCUUUCCCUGGGGAGAUGGGAACCACACGCUCUUUCAUAACCCUCAUUUGAAUCCACUUCCAACUGGCUAUGAAGACGACUAA